AUGUCGAGAUCUCAAGGUCCAACCCUCAUUAAUCUUCCUCCUCCUCCAAGUGACUCUGGAGGAACCCCUUCUGACUUUGGGCCGGGAACACCUAACUCUGCAUUCAGCACGACUGCUAUCAAGGACGGAUCACUCGGGCAAGCACCGCCCCAUACACACGCGCACGGCACUUCUUCAACGUCAAAUUCCUCGGCCAACACUCUUGACGCCGAACGUGCGGACCGCAUAUCUCGUCUUGCUGGCUUGGAAAGAGUAGCCACUCUCCGUGGCGCUAAUCAACAUCUUGCCCAAGGGAGCCAACAUAUCCAACAGCAGCAGCCUCCAGGAUACUUUGACAACGCGUCUUAUCUACGUAAAAGUACUGUAGGUAGCGCGUCUGCAACAGGGUCUGGAGGUGACUCGGACAAGAUGAGUGAAGAUCAGGAUGAUGGGAUCAGCAGUGCUGGUAUGAGUGACGAGGGAAAUGCAAGCCUGGUUGGUUUUGGGGAGACUGCCAGCAGCACUGUCAGCGGACCAACGUCAAUCUCCACCAAGACAGCUGCCACAGGGAAGGAUGCUGGUGGGGCUGGCAGCCCCACGUCAGCAAAACAGCGUAACAGGGACUCGGGUAGUCCAAUGCAAGGGCUUGAGGACUGA